GAAAACAUAAUAACUAGUUGAGAAGCUGCAACAACUUUGGCAAAAGGCGUGGGGGAGAGCCGUGUGGAUGUGAUACAAAGUUACCGGGGCAAAGGAGGGGAGCGCCUGAAAGGAUACUCGCUGCUUGUGGAUCACUGCUGAGAAAGAGAGAGGGAGAGAAAGCCAGAGCCAGGAGUGAGGAAGAAGAUGGUUCAGCAAACUGCGGGGAUUGAGACGGAGAGCAGUUUGUCCCGGGAUGCCACGGACAGCGAGGAGAAUGAAUUUCUUGCUUGCAGCCCCUCGCCGGCUUGCGAGGGGGCGGACGAGCGGGACCCGGACUGGUGCAAGACGGCGAGUGGUCACAUCAAGCGGCCCAUGAACGCGUUCAUGGUGUGGUCGAAGAUCGAGAGGAGGAAGAUCAUGGAGCAGUCGCCGGACAUGCACAACGCCGAGAUCUCCAAGAGGCUGGGCAAGCGCUGGAAAAUGCUGCGGGACAGCGAGAAGAUCCCGUUCAUCCGGGAGGCGGAGCGGCUGCGGCUCAAACAUAUGGCCGACUACCCAGACUACAAGUACCGACCCCGAAAGAAACCCAAAACCGAGUCGGGCAAACAGCAGCAGCAGCAGCAGCAUCAGCCGCCGCCGCCGCCCCCUUCCUCCUCCUCCAGCCUGACACCGGAGAAAAGUCACAGCAAGAGCUCCAAACACUCGGGCAAGAAAUGUGGCAGCAGUGGCGGCAAACUCAAACCUCCCAAAUCGUGCGGCUCCGGCUCCGGCUCCUCCUCCUCCUCCUCUCAGGGCAGCGAGCUGUCCGAGGACUUCGUCUUCGGCAACCUGAGGGGCAACAAGACUGUCAAGAGUGUGUUCGGCCGGGGCAACAGCGAGGAGGCCCUGGAGGGCCGCUUACAGCAGGGGGACGGUCAGAGCCCCAGGCGGGGCAGCGUGGCGGCCGUGCCGGCCAGCCCAACUCUCAGCUCGGCCGCCGACUCGGUGGAAGGGGCCAGCCUGUACGAGGAGCGGGAGGGCGGCGGGGCAGCCAAGCUGGGCGGCGGCAGGAGGUGUAUCCACCUGAGGGCCAGCUCGCCCAGCUCCAGCCGCUCGGCCUCCACCUCCAGCGAAGAGGCGGACGAUUUGCUCUACGACUUCAGCAUGAACUUCUCGGCGUCGGCGGGCGGCGCCGGCAGCAGCGGCUCGGAUCCGUUCGGUUCAGGGAAUGUCAGUCUGUCCCUGGUGGACAAGGACUUGGACUCGUACAGCGAGGGCAGCUCAGGCUCUCAUUUUGAAUUCCCAGACUACUGCACUCCAGAGCUCAGUGAGAUGAUCGCGGGGGACUGGCUGGAGGCAAACUUUUCCGACCUGGUCUUCACGUACUGAUUUUCUUCUUUCUUUUUAAAAAAAAACAAUUCCGUUUCUAAAUUUUUUUUGAAAGGAACUUUUUUUUGUUGGUUUUAUGACGGACUGUCGAUGUUUUAUUCAAAACAUAAAUUUUCACCAUUGCAAGUCGAAUCUCCAGGUCCGUUCUGCUCUUCGAGUGGGAUUUUCCCCCUUCCCGUAUGUGUAUGUCCCCUCCCCUCCGAAAAGAUGCAGAUUUUUUUUAAAAAAAAAACUAUUAUUUUGAUUGGAAAUCGUGGCCGGACUUUCUAUAGAAUCCUUUGGCGGCGCAACUGUUAAAAACCAGUUUCUUGGAUGUUCCGAGUGGGACCACUCACUACUCAGAGAGCGAGAGCUGUGGACACUUCUAUACAUCUGCAGGGAGUUUAAACGGCAAAAAAAACAAUGAGAAACCCAGGCUUGUAUAUGAACAGUUUGUCUUACACCAAGACCCUGAAGUUAACUUGAUCCGUUGUACUGUUUUAAUCGUGUGAUGUAUAUGCCAAUAAGACUGUUUUUGCUCUGUCAUUUUUUUUUGUUCCCUCUCAAUACCUCCUUGUACCACCGAAUAACAGGCAGCAUAGACCUCAGAGUAUAGAUUUUUUUUGAUACAUGCAGACCUCAAGACUUUUUAAAAACGAAGAAAAAAUACUAAAUAUUUUCACUUGUAUUUUUCUACAGCUAAAAGGGAACCUUCUUGCUGUGAUUGUCCAGUGAGAAUUUCUGGCACUUCCUGUUUUUAUUUUAUUUUCUUUUUCUCCUGUUCCAGCAUGCGAACGUUGGUACGUCCUGCUUAAAGGAUUCAAAAACAUUUUUUUUGGAAAAACAAAAAUCGUUGCAUCAAUUGCCUUGUGAUUUUAAAUCUACAAGUGCUCAGUCUUUUUGUACAGUUGUAGAUUUAGAUUUGUUGAAUAUUUGUAGGUAAGAAAAUUUAUUGAAAAGACGUGAGAUAGAACUCGAGUCGUUCUUAGUGAGACUAUAUGUACUGUAUUAUAUACUGUAGGAAUUUUAUGUGUAAUCAUACGCUGUGAUAUGUGGGUUAAAUCCCGAUGACAGGUGUGAAACUGGAGCAUUUUUAACAUGGCACAUGUGAAAUCUUAAUUCAUUUUUGUGCAAUAUGAAAUACAGAUCAUCUGCACAUUAUUUUGUAGCAAACUUAUGAACUAAAACAGACGUGUGCACUGUAAUC